AUGGCAGUCGCAACACUACUUCCCGAACCAUCGAUGGACUCGGUGAAGCAAGCUGUCCGCUCAAUCUCGACAUGCUGUAAUGCUACAGUGUUGUCACUCCAGACUCUCGUCUGCGGACCUUCGAAUUCGUCAUCCGAAGUCGAAAGUAACGUUUCGAAGAAGACUGUCAGAAGCAGAAAGACUCCGUCAACUACCUCAAGCCGGGCAAAAACCACUACCCGAGCGAAAGUGUCUUCCAAGGGUGCAACAACAACGAUCACAAUAGAGCACGAUGCAGCACAUUUAUCGAGUCAGGAAAAGGUGGCGCUAGCGACAGAGGUCUUUAACACAACAUUGAAAACACUCGGGGACGCCUCUAAAUUACCCGAACUCCGUGUUCUAGCGACAAGUACCCCUCUUCGUCCGGUAUCGCCAAACCGCCUUCUGAAAUCGCCCACAAAGUCGAAGCCAUCCCAACGCGCACAGUCAAAUACAACAGGUACCGACGGAGGCGUUCUUGCAGUGGCUGAAUGCGCUAGUAUAGCGCUUUCAUGUCUCCGAAGCGUGAAAGCCGAACAAGGAGGGCAGGAAAACGAACCCCCGAACAUCCAGCUCGAACAGGGCGCAUGUGUUCUAGUCGGGAGAUACCUAUCAUUGGGUUUGAACGACCUGGCUUACAGGGAACUGCGAGGUCUUAAGCGAAGAAUUCAACAAUACCUGGACAGCCAGGAUGCGACGUCAAAGAAGGCUACUGGACAGGACAAUCAGCGAGGAGCGGACGAAGAAACGAUUAAGGAACGAAUGUCGGAUCUGUUGUCACUGAGGAACCUGUCUCAUGGUCGGCCAUUGCACGGUCUGAUUGUAUCUUUUCAGACCAACGCCCUGCGACUCAUUGCCAUGGAGAAACGACCCUCGACAGUGCAGAAGGUCCUAGCCUCCCUGCAGUUGACGAACUCGAGUAGCCCGGCAAAAGUAAUUACAGCUGCGGUUGAAUCACAAUCCAUCACAAAAGAUAAGGCAGCAUUACAACUUCAACUGUUAUCCAACACCAUAAUGUCAAUGUCCUCCGGAGGACAGCAACCAGCAGAUGACGGCGCGUCGAGGGAGCGAUUGAAGCCUAUCACCACAUUGCUCCUUCAAUUGCUAUCACUUGAAGUCCGCUGUAUGAGCUGGAAGUUGUCAGGGCAUGUAUGUGACGACGUGAAAGAGAUGUGGGAUCCGCUGGCGCGCUACCUGGCGAAUUUUGUCAGUAACUUCAAGGGUAUUGAAAAGGCGGAAUUUGCUGCGAUCUACAAAACGAUCGUUCGAAUUCAAGCAGCUGUUGCUACGAUACAGAAGCAAGCCGCGGCCAGGCUGAGGAAUAACCUAUCCGUGGCACGGAUUGCAACUGUUCUCGGACAACUUGCGCAAGAAGCCGGUUGCUUUGAGGAAGCUUCGACGUUGCUCACCGAGGCGCUUAAUCCUCUGGCAGAUGAGGGUUUGCUCUCGUCAGCCACAGUUCGAUGUAAAAUUGCGGCCCUUCAUCUCCUGGUCUCGAAAAAGUCGACGAAACUGCGCCAAUCUCACAUCUCACAUCUACUUGCUGAGGCUACUGCAGCACUGGGAACACCUCUCAGGGGAAAUCAAAAUGAUCUAGAUGAGCUGCUAGUGGAAGCGGCCAAAAUGAAAAAGGUUGCUAUGAGCUGGCUGGGGGAAAAGGUCGCUAAGGAUUAUAUUGCCACCGACGAGGAUAGGGAUAUUCUCCUUCAGAUUUAUACAUACUUGAACGGAUUCGUGAAGUUUUUACGUCGGUAUCUUGGAAGGAAGCCAACACCAGAGGACGAAGAAAAGGACUAUCACUUGUUUCACAAGCGGCUCGACGCUUGUAAAAGCAUCGUGCUCGCUGCCGUGGAUUCAGCCGUCGCUAUUGGAAAGUUGUCUGUCAUGUCCGACAGCCCUUCCUGGGACUCGGUACUGCCUACAUUGGUCGAUUGUCAGCGUCUCCUUGUCACAGUUGAAUGCUCGCCGCAAGCCACAAAAGAUUCGGAAACGAGCGAUUCGGGAGCGGCUUUCAUCAGGAUGUCAAAUUUGUUUUGGUCUCGAUAUCUCAAGGACAAAGACUCCGGUAAAGGGCCUCGUGAGCUUCUGCAUGUGUUGAAACAUUCCGUCAGCUUUCUCCCCAAGUGCUCGCUGUCCCAGCGAAAAACAGGGUUUGCCACUCUAAAAUACGAAAGACUUGCUCAUUCGUACCUUGAAGCGAAUAUGGUUGUUGAAUCUGGAGAAGCAUUUAGGGAUUCGAUCAGAGAGUACAUCGACACAGGACUAUUGAAACAGCUCUUAGCGGACAUCGCGGGGGGGUUCCCCUCUCAGGCCAGUCAGGACCCGAAAAGCAGUGGCUUUACUUUCAGUAGAGUACUUUCAGCGUACUUAAGAGUGAGCCUGCGAAACCGGAACUCAGCAAGCCCAAAGUUCUUCGAUUCUCCUGAUAUGGAUCUCUUGCAGAGGGGGUUCCUUCUUGAAUGGCAAUUAGGUAUUCUGACCGAACUUCCAUCACACACCCACAGUGACGAGCGCUUCCGCUCAGCCUUUGACGAGCUCAUGUUCACAAUCUUCGAUAUAUACACCAUUAAUCUGCAUCCAAUUCGCCGCAUGCGAUCAAUUCUAUUUUGUCUGCGCUUCGCAUCGGAGCAUCCAGGGUCUCUUGGACUGGCAACUGUACGAACUGUUGUUGAAGAAGGCCUCGCAUCUCUAGAGCACUUCAAGGGAAUGGGUGAGGAUCUCGACUUGAACACUUAUGCCACGCAUAUGCAAAACUCGGUUUGCCUCACCCUGGGACUCCAUGAAGGAGAUCUGCGCCCCGAUGCUCUGGAGCGGAUAUUAAGUUCGUGGAAUUCCAUGAUGCACAACUGUAGUGACAGAAAAUCUCUUGUCUCAUGCAUUGGGGAUGUGGACCAUCUUCUGGUUCAGAUGAAAGCCAUUGUGGAUUAUACAGAGAUUUACGGCCUAUGGAAACUUCAGCUUACUGCUCUUGAGCUGGUGUUGCGGAUUACUGAACUUCAUGAGACAGGAGACGUCUCGGAAGCUAUUAUUCUCUUGUCACGCCUGGUCCUGCAAUACUGCCGCUUGGGACAUUGCAAGAAGGCCGAAGCUCUUCUGGCGCGCGCUGAUCAAUAUCUAAAGCAAAAAGAAGUCUCUUGCCUGGCGAGCUUAUCACACAAGCUUGCCCGAGCUGAAUAUCUUCUCGAGACCGGCGAGCUUGAGCAGGCGGCAAGCGUGCUCUCUAUAUCGAGGGCAAUGUAUGAGCGAAAUCAGAAAAAGCAGGAUCUGAGCAGCUGCUCUAUCAUGUCAAAGAUCGCAUGGGAGAGAAUGGUAGCAGAUGCUAUGUUCAUAAGUUCUCGGCUCUCAUUCGCGCAAGGCUCGGUACCGACGGCGCUAUUCUUCGCCAAAUUAUGUGUCAAGCUGAACUGCCGCAUCUGGGCUAAAGUGGAAAGAUUGUCGCAGAGAAAACAAGAAAAAGCUGUAACGGCAAGCUCUGCCUCUGACCUUGAGGGUGUUGUCGAAGGAGUUGCGCGGCUCGAUGUUUCGCAGUCCGUUUCUCUGGAAAAUCCUACCGUCAGUUUUUCUCAAGGUGCUCCCUUCUGGCCCCAUGUCGGGUCGCAUCACACUGCUCUGUUGAACCUUGCGUACCUCUCUGCGCACUAUGGUUUGUUCCAGGACGCUGUUUAUUAUGGUGAGCAAGCACUGAAGAUCAACAAGACGCUUAAUGCGAACGUCCGCUUGAUCGCUUCUCAAGCUCAGUUGGCGUCCUACUGGAUCUUUGGCGGACGUAUUACCGAAGGCCAGGAACUUCUCUCAGCCGCAGAAUCUCUGGCGAAAAAGUUGGAGAGUAGUGUCGAGCUUAUCUCGCUUCAGAUGAGCAUCGCCUCUCUCCACCGAAUGCAGGGUAACCACGACGACGAAUGGCAGGCUCUCCUCAGGGCGGAGCAGAUAAUGGGUGAUGUAGCGGCCUCUGAGGCACCGAAUGCUCUUCCAGCACAGCCUAGAAUUACUGAGCUGGAAACUGGAAUGGACAAAUUACGGAUUAGGGGGAUCAGCAGGAAGACCCAACCCACAACAACGACUACCCGGAGAACUCGCGCAACCACCGUAUCUUCAAAAAGCACGACGAAGACGGCAAGCGACACAUCGGAUGCCAAUACAACUCUUUCACAGUCCCUCCUUCGCUUGAAAAGCGAGAUACUUCAACAACAGGCAGCUUGCUCGCGUGCGCUCCGAGAGUUCGAGAAAGCGUCGUCUCUGUUGACCGAUGCCCGAAAAUUCGCGGUCUCUCGGGACAGCCAGAUUUCGUUGCAUCUCGAAGAAAGUGAACACCAUCUUGCAGAUGCAAUUCGGCAAUUUGCCAUGCAUGCGGUUUAUUGUGUGCUACCAGAAUCCACGAUUUCUCUUCCCGCAUUACAAUCUCCGAAAAAGGUUGCAAGCGAAAGCGCCACCACCUCAUCUUCCUCUUCAUCCUCCUCCUCCAAACAAUCUACUACACGCAAGGCCAGGACACCUGCCAAGGGAACUCGCUCCAGAUCGGUAAAGGCAGGUGAUGAUUUCACCAUGGUGCUGUCGAAGGCCGGUCAAUGUUUGAACAAUAUCUUCUCUGCGGCCACGACUCUGGGGUCCACUUUGGAUAGUCAUACGGCGUCACGGCUAAUGAGUCGUAUCUCGAUGCUGUCCCAUACGACGGCGCCUGGAUGUCUAAUGCCAUGGUCUCAACCUCCAGCGAACGUGAACGAGAUCGGCCGUAUUGGUGCUUUCACGCGCGAGCGGAUUGCGAUAGGCAUUGACAAGCAGCUCUCAGCGUUCAACGAUCCGCUGCUUUGGCCAGCGGGUCAUUCUUCGGCGGAUCUUGAGGCAGACCUAUGCAGCACCUUUGUUGAGGAAUAUAUCGACAUUCUCCCUGAAAAUUUCAAUGUACUCUCCCUGUCCCUGAGUACCGACUGCACGGAAUUCAUCAUUUCCCGAUUGCGCAAGAACCACUCGCCCUUCCUUCUGCGACUUCCUCUGAAGAGGGGCAAUUCCGAGGACGAGGAGGACCAGUUCACGUUUGAGGACGGACGAGGCGAGAUGCAGGACCUUAUCAAGCUGGCUAACGAGAGUGCGCAUGCGGCAAAAUUACAGAAGGAUCGACAGUCCAAGAAGGACUGGUGGAAGACCCGUGAGGCCCUCGACCAGCGUCUCGAGAACCUACUUCAGAACAUUGAGAAUGUCUGGUUUGGUGGGUUCCGAGGCAUCUUCUCCCCCACGCCUCACGCAGACGCGGCUCUGACACUUUUUGCCAAUGCAUUCCAUAAUAUACUCGACAAGCACCUGCCAUCAAGACGAAAGGGCGGUCGUGGAGCAGCUCCCAAAUUGUCGCUUCAUCAGAAUGUCCUCGAGUUAUUUGUUGGCGUGAAGGAUCUAGAGGACCAAGAAGAUCCAGAGGAGACAUUAAUGGAUCUGCUGUAUUUCGUGGUGGAUAUCCUGCAGUUCCAAGGAGAACGUAAUGCCUACGACGAAAUUGACUUUGAUAUGAUGGUUGUCGAGACACUUGAUGCGAUCCGGGGCUACCAUGAAGCGGCAGAGCGCGCACGGGAGGCUCAGCAGGCUCAGCAUACUGUCUUGGUUCUGGACAAGGCACUGCACCUGUUCCCGUGGGAAUCACUUCCGUGCCUUCAGAGGCUGCCAGUAUGUCGUGUUCCUUCCUUGGAAUGUCUGCGCGAUCGGAUCGUCCAGUUCCAGAGUAUGAAAGCGGAUACUGGCGAAUCCGGAUUCGGUAUUGAUCGUGGCAGUGGCACGUAUGUUCUCAAUCCAACAGGGGACUUACAGACCACUCAGGCUACCUUUGAGGCGGAUUUGGGCCGCUUGACCACAUGGACGGGCAUCUCCAAGCGAGAGCCUACGGAGGAGGAGUUCAGGGGGGGUCUGGAAUCGAAGAGCAUGUUUUUGUAUUUUGGCCACGGGAGCGGUGCACAGUAUAUCCGUGGUCGAACCAUCAAGCGCCUGGAUCGGUGUGCAGUUACAUUCCUCAUGGGCUGCAGCAGUGGCACGUUGACUGAAGCGGGGGAGUACGAGCCGUACGGAACUCCUAUGAACUACUUGCAAGCAGGCUGUCCGGCGCUGGUCGCAACCCUUUGGGAUGUGACGGAUAAAGACAUCGAUCGCUUUGCCAAGUCGACGUUCGAGAAAUGGGGAUUAUUAGGUGAACAGGGGGCCAACGACCGGCAGUUGCCUCUGCCUAGCAAGGGCCGAUCCCGCACGGCUAAGUCGAGUGGCUGCGGCAGUGAGCCCCCACAGCCCGUGACGCUAGAUGAAGCAGUCUCCAAGUCGCGGGGUGCAUGUGUGUUGAAGUAUUUGAAUGGUGCAGCGCCUGUCAUUUAUGGCGUUCCUUCGUUGUUCUUGGAGUAG